CCAGGAGGUUCCUGAUUUGAGGCACUACACGUGGAAGAGACCACCGAAACACAACAGACACAGCCAACAGAAAUGAGGGAGGAUCCUGUUCCUGGCAAGAACCAUCAUGCCAAGGGAUCAGGAAGGGCAAACAACGAACAUACUCAAGAGACCCAACGAACAAGCACUCGGGAAUCGGAUCCCGUAAUAGCAGGAAAGGAUAAGUCGCAAGAUAAGGCCAAUAUCGCAACAAAAGGACCCAUCCCGGCGGAGAACAAAGAAUUAAAGGGUACGAGGACGGAGAAGGAGAUGGAUAAGAACCUCGAGCAUACUACAAUCCCGAGACGCCUUAAGACGGGGCAAACCACGUUGGGAAAACAGGUGGCAGACCACAACCUAAGUGGGAAACCGCCUGACAUGCCAGCCCAUCAAACGAAGUCGACAAUCACCGAGAAUCCAAGCGACGCAAGCGCGAUCCAGACGGCAAUGGGUGUUGAUGGGAUCAGCCCAUCCACGAGAUAAUCAACAGGGAGUCCCUUCCUCUCUUCCAGUUUUUAUGGAUUGUAAAAUUCUUGCUUGGAAUUGCAGGGGAGCGGGUAGUAGGAAUUUCCUACCUGUCUUCAGAGAAUAUCGCAGAAAAUUCAGACCUCAUAUUGUGAUUAUUGUUGAGCCAAGGAUAAGUGGGGACCGAGCGCUUGAUGUUAUUCGGGACAUGGGAUACGAUAGUUCUCAUGUGGUCGAUGCUCAUGGGUUUUCGGGGGGCAUUUGGGUGCUCUGGAAUGCUUGCGACUUUGUAAUAACUAGGAUGAACUCUC